CAAGCAGCUAUUGCAUUGGAUCGGAUUCAGAAGGCAGAAGCCACAUUGGCGUCAACAAAAUCUGCACAUUCACAUUUCCUAGGCGAUCGCCUUCAUUAGGGUAUACGCAGUGGUGUGCGAGAAUGACAAGCUCAAUGAAAAUGUCAAAACGCAUCAAUGCGCGCUUGCAGCUGGCAGCCGCACUGAUUGAAGCCGACAACGAGGUUUUGGCAGAGCAGGCUGCCUUGGAGAAAGAGAGAGAAUUCUUUCGAAGGAGAGAAGGUCAAGCGCCUGGAUCGGGCACAAGUGAGCUUCCGCUUAGAAUAUCAUUGCCUGCUCCAAAAUUGGCAAGCGAAAGUGCCAUCUUCGCGCCGUACCGCUAUGACUCGAAACCUUUGCCCCACCAACGGUCGCGCACGAACAGCCUUUCAAGCCGGUUGUCCCUCCUGGACUCUCGCCAAUCAGACCAAGGAGAUGGAGCUCGAAGGCCUUCCAUCGACUUCCUUGGCGUCGCGCUCCCUAGUGAGAAGAAAACUCGCGCAACGCACUCGAGCGCUGCUAGCAUCGGAAGUCUCUCUCGGGCGAGCCUAGACAGCGGAGAAGCUUUCAUCGGCGCCAGGAGUCGUCCCACGAGCUCAGUGCUCGACGCCAGAGACAAUAGAAAUGAAGACGUCGUCCAGGCUCUCGAAGCCUGGAACGUGGACAAAUAUUUAAGCCAAGAAGAGCGAGCCAAGAUUGAAGGCAGACGGUGCAGGGCUAAUUCUGUAAUCGGCAUGCCCCCAUCGGAAACCCGACAUGACGAUCAGCGCCUGUCUUGGGACAUGAGCUCGGCAGCGAACUAUCAAGCCGGGUUCAUGGGACGAACACAAAGCGAGGUGAACACCACAGCCACAGGGGCGGAAAUUCUCUCGCAUAUUUCUCGGGGAAAAUCGAGGCGCGGUCCUCGCGCUGCACCCGACCCUGCUCUGCUCGCCAAGAUAAAGCUGUAUCGAGCGAGGCAGGAGACGUUGCCUCCGUCCGAAUGGGACGGCCCUGGACCCUUAGCAAGCGAGAGCGAACUUGUGGACCACCUUGAUGGUAAUGCAUCCCAGGACGCAGAAAAUCUGCUGAACCUCAGAAGGGUCAUCUCACAUAAGCAGUCGCUUGGUGAAAGUGGAAUGGAGCUUGCCCGUCGCAAAAGCACACUAGGCGUCACCGGGAGCUGGUCUGACGAGGAAAUUCCGGGGGACAAGGGUAAGAAGGCAACUCCGAUCAUGACGCCGGCUAUCGAUCAUCUCAUGUCGCCCGAGCAUCCCUCACGUACAACACGCACUCUAGCUUCAUCACGAGCACGGCCAUCGACGCCUAGCAACAUCAAUACUCCAGAGCACAAGAGGCAAUCUUCCAGCGGUGUUUUACUUGCGCCGCGAACUGCUGUUCCAGGAGAUCCAUUCGGUGUCUUUCCUCAGGACUCCACCCGGUACCCCUCGCAUUUAUCAGUGGCAGAUGAUUUGAACGAAGACUGGAAUGCAGCCGAUGAUAGGCUACUAGAGUCGUUGGGCGGAGGGAAGCGGCGUAGCCUUCCAAUGGACGGUUUGACCACCAAACAACUGCAGCGGCUAGCUCGGCAUAGUCAGAUGCCCGAGUUCUACGGCGAUGUUCCUCCUGAUGCACGAUCGAGCAUCGAUACAACCAGGGCAGAUAAUGAUAGCAUUUUCUCUAUGGAGGUUAUCCGCAAGCCUGUGACAUCAAUUCCGCCUCCAAAGCUGCUUAAACGCGAUCCUGGUAAGCAAGGUAAUACCCUGGACCCAGACAUGAGCUCUGCCAAUUGGCGCACCAGAGGUCAGCUCUCGAAGCUUGCGAACCUCUUCGAACCUGUCAAGAAGGCUAAGCACAUCAGAGAGUCAUUGGAUGACGAAUUCGCGAUGGAAACGGACUGGCGCAAAUCUGGGCCUCUGCAGGCGCGAGGGCUGGAAGCGCGCGUGCCCAGUACCUUGAUCAUGCCCCAGCCUUUGCAGAAUACCCAAGCCGCUUCGACUGUGAAUGACACUCCCAGAAGUGGGCAACAAGACGUCGGUGCCCUGCAUGCCGUUGGCAUCCAUGUGCCCCCUGGAUUUGUUCUGCACGAUGGACGCGGUCUCCCGCCAGUCCGCUUCAUAUCAGUAAAUGCAGCUUCGACUCGAGCGGCAAAAGCAGAUAGUGACACGAAACCAACCAAGAAAGCAGAUGUGAUGCUGGAUGCUUUCCUUCAAAGCACACUUGCAGAACGACCGAUCCCAGUCCCUGCCACUGCACCAACUGGCAUAGGACGGAGGGCCGCGAGCCAAAGCACAGUGCUCUUUCGCAACCAGCUUGUGCAGAAUGAAGACGAAAAAGAGGGCUGGGGCUGGGAACCUUACACUCAGACCGAAUUUGUGCACCAGGAAGCUCAGCCAACAGAGGAAGUGCAGAGCACGAGUCGCAGCAAAAAAGGAAAGUCACGGUCCAAGAGGGAGAGGAAAGAUCGCAGGCGACGUAGGGAGGAGGGAAGGCUCCGCCGCAACGAGGUUCAACCCCAAGGUACGGCGUGCGCGGCUGUCGAAGAGGACUCUGAAGACGACACCGAGAGCGACGGCUCCAGCGAUACUAGCAGCGCAAUCUCGAGAUCUUCAUGUGCUACAUCGGGUAGACGAAAGCCAUGGGUGGAUGAUGUCAGGCCGGCGGGAAAGCUGUACGGCAAGUCUCUCCUCGAUGUUGCAGAGGCACGAGUGGUAACUCGCAAAAGCGCCAAUAUGUUUUAUGGUCAGGCGGAUUUGGCUGAAGGCUUGCAGAAGUCCACGGAUGCCGAGUCUGUUUCCCUAGCACCGAGCCGGGCUGUGCCAUUCGCUGAUCGCCCCCUCGGCAUGAACGACACACGAGAGCGUAUGCAAACUAUUUUUGGCAAAGAUGAAGUUUGGGAACGUGAGAUGCAAAAACGCCGCGAUGAGGAUCAGCAGGAGUUACAAAGCUAUACCAGCGCCGCAAGCACUGACAAAUGUGAGGCCGAAGUCGGAUCGCCAUUGGAGCCUCAUGAGGGACCAUCUGUGCUUGCGCGACCCAUCACUUCAGCCGAACCUCUUACCCUGGACAUUGCUGUGUCUGCCGAAGGCACUCGACACGGAGGGACGACAGACUGGUUUGCCGGGGCAUCGGACCACGACACCGACAGUGAGGGAUCGUCUGUCAUCGAAGCUCGAAGAAGUCACGAGGAAUAUGAGCGUCGGAAGUCCUUGACUCUGGAACACGCUCUGCAAGAGCCACAAACUUUACUGGACUUAAGCCAAGACGAGGGCAAAAAAUGCGAUGGCAGCGAGAGCGACAGCUCGGAAGAUCUCCCGCUAGAUCAACUAAAGACCAAUCGGAAGUCGAGUCUCAUACCUUACGAACUUCGUCUCACGCACUUGCUCUCAUCUGCAGACGGCAAUUCCUCGGACGAGGAGAUGCCGCUUGCUCAGAUCAUGAAUAAAAGAAAGGAUGUCCUUGGCGAACUUCUACAUCUUUCGAGCCACUCAGAGCAAAACUUUGCGGCUACCGGCACCGCCACUGCGGAAAGGUGCCGCCAGCACUCAGGAGAACUUGAAGACCUCGGGGAAGGAGACUCGGACUCCGAUGAUGACGCGCCUUUGGGGGUCAAGCAUCCUCAGGGUCCAGAGAUAUUGAGGCGUCUUCAUCCCACUUCUAGGGGUGAAGAAGGAUCUGAUGAUGAGCCACUAGGCAUGGCGCACCCCCAAGCUGCAAUCAUUGCAGAACAAGCAGCGUUGAUCAAACAGCUCCAGGCGGAAAGGGCGAACUCUCAGCAGGCGAUGCCACCGUCACAAUGGGCAAUGCCAGCAUACCCUGCGAUGCCGGUCUAUGAUGCGAUGUCCAAUAUGCAGCUUUUUGCUCCAAGUCCGCUGAUUCAGGGACCCAGCUCCGAUAUAGGGGGGCCGAAUCUUCUCUACGAUCCAAAAUCGACAUUGAUCGACAGAUGGCGCAAUGACGUUCCUGGUCAUGCUGGCGUGUCCAACCAAUCAUGAACUACGCAGGCAUCUCGGUUCAUUCUGUAGCAUGAAAAUGUACCAGAAUCAUGACACCAGACCACCUGCGCCUUUGGACCCCCUCGCAGUGCUUAUCAGGUGGAUGUGGAAGGUCUAGACGGCCACUGAAGCGACUUCAAAAACCUCCCUGUUGGGGUUGAAGCCGGG